AUGCUAGGUCUAGUUCUUUCCGUAUUCGUACUUAUUGUGUGUGGAGUGGCUAUCUUUGGGGCUGCACUGAUACCAAUUUAUUUGCAAUGGCAUCGUAACAAAGAUCAACGAGAUCUUCUUGAUCUUGAAAGAGGUGAGGGAACUCGAAGUCCACAGUUUGAAGAUCAACAACCUGAUCAUAAUCUUCAUGAAGGAGGAGAGGAAAUUAGAAAUCGACAAUAUGAAGUUCAGCAUCUUCACGAUCUUGAAAGAGGAGAGGAAGCCAGAAAACUACAACUUGCUACUAUUUCAUUAAUAUUGCAAUUAACUCAUGUUCGAAGCGAUGACGAAAGGAUAGUGAUGAAGUUUAGAAAUAAUGCAUGCGUGAUAUGCUUGGAGGAUUUUAAGGUGGGCGAGGAUUGCCAGGUUCUGUUCUUGUGCAAGCAUGUUUUCCAUUCAGAUUGCCUUAAAGAAUGGCUAGUUCGGAAUCAGCGCUGUCCCCUUUGUCGAAUCCCAGUAUUACUUGAAGUUUUUCUUUGUAUCUAUCGUGUUCAACUUACCAUUAGUCCCGUCAAACGUUAG